UCUUCGGGCCCACCAACGUCAUCAAAUAACAUUCAAAGUAAAAGUGUGUGUUCCCCGUGACUCUCCAUCCUAUUGCCAGGUUCAUACAGACAUUGAUUCAAUAGUGACUUAAGGGAAAUAAAUUUACUAUUCAUAUCAAAAUACGGCAAUUCAACGUUCGAAAGAGAACAGUUAAAGAGUCGUAUGAUAUUAUGACAAUUUACAUUCAGAUAACGUUCUGUGAUAUUUAGUCAUCUGUGUUGCUGACAAAUGUGUAUGAUUUAAGUCUGUGCUUGAGACAACGUGUUUGAUUCGAGUCUGUGUUUAAGACAAGACAGUCACUUAGUAUUAUUGAUCUAUACAGUAUGGGAAGGGUUGUUUUGAGGAACAGGAAGUUGCAGACGACGUUUGAAGUCUACAACGUGAUUGACCAUCUCAGGACAUAAAUACUUUCAUGUGUUGGGUUGGUUUUUAAUUUGACUCGUCACACAGAUCUAGUACAACUUUUUGAUUCGGUCACAUCAUAUGUUCAACUAUUCACUAAAUCAUAGCGUGAAGAUAGAUUUGUCAAAAUGUUUAUAAAACGAAAAAAACUUAAACUUUUGAUUGUGUGUGGAAUUUUUCUAUUUUUCUACCUUUAUAUUUUUAUAUCAAGCUCUAGAAUCGACAUUUUCUUAAGUCGAUCCCAUCAGGGGAAUUCUUUAAACGGGCAUAAUAAAACUAAAGUAAAGUCUCCAUUUGAAGGCCCCGUGGAAGAUCUUCUGGGUGGAGAGUUUCGUAUCAACAGAGAGCACAAUGACGUCAUCAACGAAGACAAGAAAACCAACGACCAUGGGUGGAAGAAAGGCUUCCGUGUAGGGGCGGGCUUCCAGAAUCCAUUGCUCAACGUGGGGGAAGUAAUCAAGGAGAAAGCAGACGACCCAAUGGAUGGAAUAGAAGAUGAAAUUAUUGAAGACAACUUAGGGCACCCCAAGGCACGUGCUGUGAAGGGCCCUGAGUUCAAGCCGCUUCAGCCGAUAGCGGAUAAAAGGUCAAAGAAAAAGAAGGGCCACCGGAAGUCAGAUGAAGAUUGUUGUAUUGAGGUCAAGAAGAAACAGAAGCUGUAUCUCCAUGUCACCUAUCCUCCUUUCAUUCAAUUUGGCAAGCCAGGAGACCCAGGUGAAGAUGGACAGAGCGUGAGGUGGCGUCCAGACGAGCUGACCAGAAACGAGAGUCUACAAAAAGAGAAGGAUUUUAAUGUUCAUUAUUUUGACGAGUGGACAAGCCGAAAAAUUGCAGUACACAGGUCACUCCUUGACCAGAGAGGACCAGAAUGUCGAGCUAGCUAUGCCUACUUGCCUCCUGUAUCUGUCAUCAUCGUGUUUCAUAAUGAAGCUUGGACAACGUUAUUACGUAGUAUACACAGCGUCCUUGACCGGACACCUAUCUACUUACUACAAGAGAUUGUAUUAUUGGACGAUUUCUCGGACAUGGAACAUUUGCAAGAACCCCUCGAGGCUUACAUCCAACAUCUAGACAAGGUCAAACUUUUCCGAGCCACAAAACGACUUGGGCUAAUCAGGGCCCGCAACACUGCUUUUGAUCACUCCAAGGGAAGAAUAGUUGUCUUCCUUGAUUCUCAUAUCGAAUGCUUUCCUGGCUGGCUUGAGCCCCUGAUUGCACCCAUCCAUAACGACUCCACUGCGGUGACGUUUCCCUCCAUCGAGCUGAUCAACGGUCGAACGUUCGGUACCGGUAUGAAUACCAAACUGGAGCGGACAGUGGGCGGUCUGAUGGUCCACUCGCUGUCCUUCAACUGGCUCUACGAGAGGAAACACAACAUCUCGCAGACGUUACUCUACUACCCAUCUCCAACUAUGCCUGGUGGACUCUAUGCUGUGUCUAGAGAGUGGUUCUCAAAGCUAGGUAAAUAUGACCCCGAGAUGGACUUCUGGGGAGGCGAAAAUAUUGAAAUGUCUUUCAAAACCUGGAUGUGCGGUGGAUCCUUGCUGCUGUCUGUAUGUUCACAUGUAGGUCAUAUAUUCCGUAAUAUUAAUCCUAAUAUUGGAGGAAUACGUCUGACCUAUAAAAACUCGAUCCGAGUGGCAGAAGUCUGGAUGGACCAAUAUAAACAUUUCUUUUAUGAGAAGCUUGGCUACAACAUUCCAGACUAUGGAGAUGUGACGUCCCGUGUCCUUUUAAGAAAAUCCCUCAACUGUUCCGAUUUUGGUUGGUAUUUACAACAUGUGUUUCCGGAACUCAAGAAGAGCAUGGAUGUCUUUGGCCACUACUAUGGGGAGAUUAGAAGUGUUUCCGAAAAUGUUUGUCUGACACGACAGACUAACACAAUCGGCAUUGAUUCUUGCCGCCUGGGCGCUGUCACUCAGCAAUGGCAAUAUGGAAGUGAUAAAAGAAUAACCUCAGGGGAGUUUAUCCUCGGGGUCAGGUCUGAAAUUAAACAAGAGGUAGAGUACUGGCACAUUGGAAUUUUUCAUGACAGAGUUUUCGAUAAGACCGUCUUCGUUUACUGGAUCUAUGAAAAUCAAAGACUGGUAAAUAAAAAAACAGGACUAUGUUUACAAGUCAACACUAGAAGCAGGUCCGUGGAACUGAAAAAUUGUUCAAAUUCAUCGGAAGACCAGCAAUGGAAGCUCACCACAAGAAAACAGAAUCAAGAUGCUAUGAAAUCCAGGGGAGUUGAGAUAGACUGGAGCGUUUAAACUAUGAAAAGGAUUAUCUGCCCUCUGCUGUUAAUUUUUAAAAUGCUUAUGUUUGAAAUCCUGGUCAAUUUGAGCAUGAGCUAGGAAGAAAUGAUGAUGGAGAAAUUGUUGACAAAUGUGUGAAUCUGUAAGUAGCAAUAUAUGACCUUAUCUUGCCAGUGUUUGAUUGGCACUCAGUACAGGAAAGAUAUUUGAGAGAAUGAAAAACAAGUAAUGGAAAAAAAAAGGGAAAAAAAGACAGAAUGAAAGACAUUCUCCUUUGAAAGUGAUAAAAAGUUGUGUAUAUAUAUUACAGAUUUUUGUGGCCAUGACAGUAGCAUAUUUUUAAAAAAAUAUCUUUGUUUGUCACAGUAGACUUUUUUCUUUUAAAAACAUUUUUCAGUUUUGUGGGCAUUAAAACAUUUUUUUUAGAAAUUAUUGUUUUAUGAACAAAAAAAUAUUGAAAAUCUUCUGGUGCUGUAUUACUGUUUAAAAAAAUAAAAAUAUAUAUAGCCUAAAAUUAUGAGAAACUAUUGUUGUAUUGAUACCUUUUCCCCAAGCCUAAUGGAUUAAAGGGAGAUAAGUAUAACAAAAGUAUUAAUUCAAUUUAGGGUAAAGAGGUGAUAGAAGUAGUGUAUGGCUGACUUCCCCUUGAGAGACUGGUGUGGUCUGCUUUCAGGAGAGUGAGAGAUCUAUGUUUUGAUGUUAGCGUGUGAUGAAUUCUGUUGUAAAAUCUGCUUUAAUAAAAUGUUUUUUAAUAUCUUUGAUAUUCACCUGUUUUUUAAUGAAACAAACAUAAAAUUAUGAUACUUCCUGCACGCAGUUUCUAGGUUAACCAUACACCUCAUUAUAUGCUAACUACCAUACUGUGCACUUUCAGCAAAAUUUGAAGAAAAUCGAAUAAUUUCGCAAAAAAAAAAUCACAACCAACAAAACUUUAUUAGAAAAUUAAUUGUUAAAAUAGACAAAAUAAAUUAAAUAACAAAAAACUAUAAUACAUAGUGAGAUCAAGAAAAACUUGGAUACAAAAAUAAAAUUAUUUGUAAAUAUAAGUGGGCCUAACCUAUACAUAUCUGGGGACAAAAAUGUAUUCAUGUUGAUGGAGCAGCUAAUAGCUUUGGAUAUUUUAUUUAUUUAAGACAUCUAAAUUUUCUAAAUUUAUAUUUCAAAAUUUAUUAAAACAGUUACACUGAACAUUUGAUUCUUCUCAAAAAUCACAUUUUUAGAAGAAAGAAAAAUGAUAAAUGGGGUUUAGUUUUCUGACUUAUUCUUUUAUUAGUACAGUUUAUGACUAUGCUACAAGUAAGUAAUUGGUCGCAGCUUGAGUCAAAUGGAUUUAGCGUUACAUCCCAUAACAUGAAUAUAAAUAAAACAAUUACCACAAAAACUUAGAAUUGACCACCACAUUAGACGAAAAUACAGAAUUCAAUGCUACAGACAUUUUAGACUAGAUAUUUAUCACUUUGAUCAAAGUUUAACUUUCUUGAAAAUUGUACAACUUUAAAAAACUUUUGUAAAAAGGUUAAAACUUUUAGUAUAAAUUAAAAAAACUAUUACCAAAACUUUAAAAUCAAUCCAUUAUUCGGAAUCACAAGAUGAAAAAAAUAAAUGAAACAAACCUAAACCAAUGAAGAAAACAACUUAUAUUAUAAAACUUUACCCUUCACUAGGAUAUUUCCAUCCUUUUUCGAACAAUCUAUGUUGGGUCUAUUUAUAUAUCACCAUGACAACAAUCAACAAUACACAACAGUCACAUGAAAAAUAGCAAAGCACUGAAAUGAAACAAAAUUAAGAAUUAAUUUUUUUUGAUUAUUAUAUCUUGAAAGUAAGUUUACAACACAUUGUAAACAGGAGUAGGCUAUUGGUAUACUAUUUAUCGAAGUAACGAUUAUCUGUGAGUGUUGGAGAUCUAGAAGGAAUAUUUUUUUUUAUAAAUUAUUUGAAUAUGGUCUGCCUUAACCCUAACAUACACUAAAUUGAUCAAACCAUAAAAAAAAAAGUGAAAAAUUUCUAAUUGUUUGCAACAUUUAUUCAUCUUAAUUGAGAACAACUGUGGAUGUCAUAACAGGAAGUCAGUUUACUUAAAUACAAGUAUUUAAAUGAAUUUGUGUUUUAUUUUUUUGAGUUUGUAAUAAAUCUGUGUCUAUGAUAAACUGUGAAACUAAAUGUGUGUCAUAUAGGCACAUCAAGUCUGACAUGUUGUCUUGUCUUUCACUGAGAUUAUUUUUUGUGUGUGUUAUUCAAGUUUUUAUUUGUUCUGUUCAGCUUUCAAUCUACAUGUUUCCCCUAGUCUCUUUGAGCCACUUUCAUAUCCCACCUCUGCAUUAAGAUACACUGUUGGUCAAUUUCAGCACAAAGGCGCUAAGUUAUUAUGGUCACUAGGAGGAGAGGUUUCAAACAUGGAAAAUCCAAUUCUUAAUAAGUCGAUUGUAUUAUUCAAGUAUUAUUGUCAUAUUUUUCAUGGAAGUCAAAUCAAUAA